AAGAAAGAAAAAGAAAAAAAAAGCGAGAGCCGAAUUACGAAAAGUACCAAAUAUAGCGGGAUAGGGAAAUUUGGUUUUGGAAUUUAGGGCCACUUCGAGCCUUCGAGGUGUAUUGCAUAUAAAUAAAGAGGAGAGUUGGUUCGUUAACGGAAUUGGAUUUGCAGGUUAGCCUCGCUCGCUCCCUCGCUUAAAGAUCUUCUGUGUUCGUUGCGUUACAUGGCAUAUCGAAGAAAACAAGGGCUUUCAAAGGCAUCGACCUUCAAAGAAGAAAUUCGACACUCACCGGAUAGCCCUUCUUCGUCUCUUGCCGCUCAAGCGAUCCGAGCCUCAUCUGCUCAUCUUGAAUCGUCUCUAUCAUUUGCUUAUGGAGAAUCUGCUCUUGCCUCCGCUCGCCGAGAAUCAAACCGCCACCGAUCUUCUCCGUCCAGACAGGAUUCACCAUCCUAUGAAUAUACGUCCAUGAAAAGUCCAAAUGAAUCAAAAUUUGGAUUUUGGGGUGUCCUAGCCAGAAAAGCUAAAUCGAUUCUUGAAGAUGAUAACAUGACUAACCAACUUGAAACUCCUGGUAAAACAAGGCCACAAAUGCAUGAUAUAUCAACAGGUGGACAGCUUCAUCAGUCACACCAAUCACCAAAGGGCUCUCGGAAAAUAGAGAGUCCCAGAUUUCAGAAGGGUUUAGAUGCAAUUACUUCUUCUCUUAAUUACAUUGGUGAUACGAUAGGAAAUGCUUUUGAAGAGGGUAUUUCCAUAGUAGAGAAUAAGACUGCAGAUAUUAUCCAAGAAACACGUAAAAUAAAUAUGCGGAGAAAGGCAAGCGGCUCCUAUGCACAGAGUCCAACUGCAAAUGCGUCCUCUUCAUUGCAGCAACCCCAGAUGCAAACUGACCUUGAAAUCCAACUGAAGGCAUCCCGCGACGUUGCAAUGGCAAUGGCUGCCAAAACUAAGCUUCUUUUACGUGAACUGAAAACUGUUAAAGCAGAUCUUGCUUUUGAAAAGGCGCGAUGUGCCCAGCUGGAGGAGGAGAACAGAAUUCUUAGGCAGAGCCAUGAAAAGGGAGACAACCCUGAUGAUGAUGAUCUGAUACGGCUCCAACUUGAAACACUUUUGGCUGAGAAGGCUCGUUUAGCGCAUGACAACUCGAUAUAUGCCCGUGAAAACCGCUUCCUAAGGGAAAUUGUGGAAUACCACCAGCUCACCAUGCAAGAUGUUGUCUACGUGGAUGAAGGCAUUGAAGAGGUCACAGAAGUUUGUCCCAUCUCAAUCCCCAUGUCGUCAUCCACAGAAGGACGUUCCAUCCCCAAACCGCCUCCGCCUCCACCCCCUCCCCUACCCCAUGAAUUGCUUCCGAAUGUAAGCCCCGUUUUGACCAAGGACAUCUUCCCUGUGCCCCCAACGCCUGCAGUGGACACACAGGUUACCCGCGGUUUGGCCUCAUCAAAUUCCUUCCCACCUUUUCCUGUGGAUGAACUGAAACGACAGUCCUCUGUUUCAUCUGUCUGAACCAAAGUUGCCUUUUGUUUUCAUCGGGGGUUGAUCAUUGGUGUAUGUAACAUUAUUUUUAAAUUAUUUCAUUUUUAUUUCUGUGCUUUUUCUUAUUGUAUUUUAUCAUUCUUUUGGCAUCUGGAACUGUGUAUUAGAAUUUUGGGUGCUUGUUUUACUGUAAUAAUAUGAUAAUGAUCUGGUUGAGUGGUUGUA